GACGGGCCCCCGGGUGGCGAAGGCGAAAGUGUGCCGCGUAUAUAAGGCCAGGAAUCGACGGCAAUCAGCAUCCAGUUCACUCCUGGACGCACCCGGAACAUCGCGAGAGCAAAAAUGAGAGUCCUGGUUUAUGUGACAGUUGCUGCCCUCGUGGUCGCGACAGCAUUGUCGGAGGAGACCGCGAAAGUCGAGAAAUCGGUGAAGUCUGAAAAGAAGCAAGAGAAGCGCGGCCUGUUAGGUCUUGGCUACGGUUACGGUUAUGACGGCGGAUAUGAUAUUGGAUCCGGUGGCCACAUCGGUCUUGAUCUAGGCGGUUAUGGUGGUUAUGGUGGUUAUGGGGGAUACGGAAUUGGCGGAGGAUACAUCGACGAUGGACACCACCAUCACGAACACAUAAAAACUGUGACGGUUGUGAAGAACGUCGCUGUGCCUUACCCCGUGGAGAAGCACAUACCAUAUCCGGUAGAAAAGCCCGUACCGGUUCCCGUCAAAGUGCCCGUACCACAACCGUACCCAGUUGAGAAACACGUGCCUUAUCCAGUCAAGGUCUUCGUGAAGGUGCCUGUACACGUGCCCCAACCGUACCCAGUGGAAAAGAAGGUUCCCUACCCCGUACACGUUCCAGUCGAUCGUCCCGUCCCGGUCAAGGUCUUAGUUCCGCAGCCUUAUCCCGUUGAGAAACACAUUCCAGUACCGGUAAAAGUACCAGUGCCGCAGCCGUACCCCGUUGAGAAACCAGUUCCGGUACCAGUGAAGGUCCCAGUCCACGUACCUGCGCCCUAUCCAGUCGAAAAACUUGUACCUUAUCCCGUCAAAGUCCCAGUUGAUCGUCCCAUCCACAUACCUGUUCCCAAGCCCUAUCCCGUGCACAUCGAGAAGCAUGUGCCUUACCCAGUCGAGAAGCCGGUACCUUACCCCGUGAAGGUUCCAGUUGACAGGCCGUACCCCGUCCCGGUCGAGAGGCCCGUGCCAGUCGCGGUCAAAGUACCAGUACCACAGCCGUACCCGGUUGAGAAGCCGGUACCCUAUCCGGUCGAGAGACCCGUGCCGGUAGCAAUCAAGGUCCCGGUCGACAGGCCAUACCCUGUUCACGUCGAGAAACCUGUGCCUUAUCCCGUAGAGAAGCCCGUACCCUACCCGGUUAAAGUGCCGGUGGCUGUGCCCGUCCAUCACGAGCCCAUUCAUCACGGACACGGCGGCUACUACGGCGGUGGCUACGAGGGUGGCGAUUAUGGCUAUGGUCACCACUAAUAUCAUUACCUCCCGGCUGGUUCUCCAUCAUCGUCGUGCAAGAAACUCCAACGCGACGACGACGGAUGGCCGCGAGGAUCUUGUCUUUAGGUUACGAAGGUUACCGAUCCGAAACGUUGCCGUGCGGCGCAACGAUAUAUCCGCCACUUUGUACCUGGAUCGGGAUCAGGCACGAUCUUCGGUAGACGAUCGCGCACCGGGCCAUCGUACCUUUGAAUCCGAUCGCAACGAGGACGCGGCACGGCGACGUGUGCCAGUUAGGAAGAACGAAUGACCAGUAGGGAUGUACUCGUCUUUAGCGAUCUUCGCUCGAGAGCAACUCGCUUGUCUUACUUUUAUACCGAUAUUAGCAAAGUAUAUGUAUUUUUUUACGGAAAACGAAUUAAAUAUUAAUGUAAAGUAA